GCGAACUGGAACGACGCUAGCUGCAGCAAAUGUUAUGCCAUCAUGCAUGCAAAGAACACUAUCAAUGUCCUUGCACUGGAUGUGUCGAAGGAUGGGUUUACGGUGUCACCCCAGGCGAUGAACAUGCUGACGAAUGGGCAGGCGAGCGCGUUAGGGAGAGUGAAGGUCACUGCCACUGAGGUGCCCGCCAGUGAAUGUGGCUUGUGA